CGGCCACUGACACGGACAUGGACAUGGAUGGAGGGGCAGAAUGAUCUCUCAACCGGUCCUUCCUCUUCCUUCAAUGGCCUCCGGUCUCUCCAGUCCAGUCCCUGUCUCUCCAGUCUCUUCACACACGUUUAACCAUCGCUCCCAUGUCAAUGUGAAUCCGCUUCGACCGGCACUCGCCCUCGUCCUCGACUGCUCACAGGUAUUGUGCUCGCGCGGCUUGAAGUUGCAACGGCGCCUUCGGACCCUGGUUCGUCAAUCGCCCGUCGUUGUGCAUUAGACAGGCACGAUCAACGGCACAUCAACGAUUCUUUCCUCGGUGAGAACUGAGAAUGCAUUGAUGGUUCCAGUCAUCCGCAGCGCCGCACUCAACCGCACCAAACUACCGCCGCUUCAGUACCAGCCCCUUUGACCAACGACUCGAUUGUCCAGCCAGAAGUUCCAACCCAUCUUCUCUCUCGAUUUCCGCUUCCUCAGUCCCGGUUCAGUUCGCCAUGUCACACGUACGCGAAUCCUCGUCGGGCUCUUCCACCCCGUUCCCCAUUCUUGAGGAGGACCCAGCCCAGCAACCUCGGGAGCUGCCCAUCGGGAAGGGACGUAACCGACAACGAUUGCUCCGAGGCCUUCAGCGAGUUUCGUCCGUCACAUCUCUCAACAGUCUAUCGCGUGGUCGGUCUCACAGCGCUCCGUAUCGACCGGCUGCGAGGGGCACGCUAUCGUGCGUGAGCCUUGCGGCCACUGGGCCGCCAACCCCGAGCAAUGGCUACUCCUCGCCCCUAUCGAAUGCUGUCCAGCCAUCGUCUGCGAGGCCGUCAACGCCGGCCAACGAGUUCCCGUUUCCCCGAGAUUUCGACGUUGAACAAGCUGCCCGUCCCGCUGGUCAUGGACAGGCAGUGUCAACACCGGGCACCGCGCCACUACCGCUCGAGGCUCGUCUGUCUCGUCCCAGGCUUUCUAGCAAAGCCAAGACUUCCCCUCUUGCUGUGUACAAGGCUCCUUUUAAAUUCUGGGAUGCGGUUCCCCACGAAAUCCGGAUCUACAUCUUCUCCUUCUUGCAACCAAAGCAGCUUGUCCAGGCGUCUCGUGUUAGCAGAUCUUUCCACAAGUUUUGCUUCGACGGCCAGCUCUGGAUGUCCCUGGAUGCUUCCAAGUUCUACCAAGAGAUUCCUGCAGACUCGCUUGCGCGGAUUAUUACGUCUGCUGGACCUUUCAUCAAGGACCUGAAUCUAAGGGGUUGCGUCCAAGUCGAGCAUUACAAGAGAGCCGAGGUCAUUGUAAAGGCUUGCAAGAAUCUGAUGAAUGCUACGUUGGAGGGGUGCCGAAACUUUCAGAAGACGACUCUGCACAGUCUGCUCGAAAGCAACGAGCGGCUCGUCGCGUUGAACUUAACAGGCUUGACGGCGGUUUCGAAUCGAUCGUGCAGAAUCAUCGCUGAGUCUUGUCCGCAGCUCGAAUCACUCAACGUCUCUUGGUGUGGUAAGGUCGAUUCUCGAGGAAUCAAGGCCGUCAUUGAGGGCUGUACCAGGUUGCGAGAUUUGCGGGCCGGCGAAGUCCGCGGGUUUGACAACCUCGAUCUAGCCGAGGCAAUCUUCAGGACCAACAAGCUGGAGAGGCUUAUUCUCAGCGGUUGCGCCGAGCUGGAUGACGGGGCCUUGCGCACGAUGAUGCACGGUGUAGAUCCAGAGAUUGACGUGUUGACGGACAGGCCUGUUGUGCCGGCAAGGAAGCUCCGCCAUCUGGACGUCAGCCGUUGCGCUCGUCUGACAAAUGCAGGCAUCAGCUCCAUGGGGCAUCUCACGCCUGAUCUCGAAGGCUUGCAACUUUCCCGCUGCAGACUGGUCGGCGAUGCGGGCUUGGAGCCCAUCCUUGCGUCGGCGCCUCGCCUGACACAUCUCGAAUUGGAGGAUUUGGAGCAUAUCACCAAUGUCCUCCUCUCUGAGCACUUGGCCAAGGCUCCAUGCGCACGCACCAUUGAGCAUCUUUCGCUGAGCUACUGCGAGCAUCUCAGUGACACGGGACUGAUCCCUCUUCUCCAGAACUGCGUGCGCCUACGAAGCGUGGAUCUCGACAACACCCGCAUCAGUGAUCUCACGCUCACUGAGGCCGCACUGCUGGUCACUACAAGGUCUCAAAGAACUACCGUGGCCGGGGUGAAGCCUCAGGUCACUCUGAAGCUGGUUGCGUAUGACUGUCAAAACGUUACCUGGACGGGUAUCCGAGAAGUUCUUUUCCGCAAUGCGGAGACACGACCGGUUCGUGGUUCUCCCGGGCAAAUCUCAUGGCCGACUGAGACGGUAGCACUCAAGUGCUUCUAUGGUUUCCAGCAAACGAUCGAUGAGCACCAGAAGCGCGUGCUCCAGGGCGAUUUCGCGGCGGCAAACAAAUUGGAGAGGAAAUGGGCCGACUACAUGCAAGCCGUGGAGGAAGCAGGUGUUGGAGGUUCUGGGCGGCGUCGUCGACGCCGUCGUGCUAGGGAGGCACAGGCUCUUCAUCUCAAUGAGGAAGACGGGUUGGCGCCCAAUGCUCGUCGCCGCGCUCGGACAAUGGGAUCUUGUUUUAUGAUGUAAAGCGGUUGUCUUGGAAUUCGACAUGUGGAAUAGGGGGCGUAAUCGGUUCUUGUAUAUUGUCCCUUGGACGGGUUUUGGGCAGGCGUUUCUUAGGCUCAUCUGGCGACUUCCUUCGUUACAUGUCAGCGAUUUCUUGAGAUGUACGUAUUCACGUUCCUGUUCUCAUUUAAUUGUCGUGUCUUUCGUUUCCCUCCCCCGUGAAGAAAUGGCUACCCUAUAGAUCUUGGAUGUGCCGAGUAAAACACUUUGAGAUUUUGAGGAGAUUGUUGCGUAGUUACAUUCAACUGUUUGUCAUUGUGGC